CAGCCUUCUUGGUGUCUGCUUUUUAUCCACAAACAGUACUCCAUCAAUCUGUGCAUCGCGUCACGGAUUAUCUAAAUCAAUACACAACCCCAUCAACUACUCGACAUGACUGGACGCGGAAAGGGUGGCAAGGGCCUCGGCAAGGGUGGUGCCAAGCGUCAUCGCAAGAUUCUUAGGGACAACAUUCAGGGUAUCACCAAGCCCGCUAUCCGCCGUCUCGCCCGUCGUGGUGGUGUCAAGCGUAUUUCUGCUAUGAUCUACGAGGAGACCCGUGGUGUUCUCAAGACCUUCCUCGAGGGUGUCAUCCGUGACGCCGUCACCUACACCGAGCACGCCAAGCGCAAGACCGUCACCUCCCUCGACGUUGUCUACGCCCUCAAGCGCCAGGGCCGUACCCUCUACGGUUUCGGUGGUUAAAUGUGAUCACGAAGCUUUAUACUUCUGGUUAGGGGACGUGCACGACGAUAGGGAGAACAACAAACGAGCGAUUGAUUACUACAACAUUGGCAUGAAUCUUUGGGCGAAUUUUUGUGUGUUGCGAUUCCAGUUUUGAUACAACCGCACAAGGGAAUGGCGUUCUUUGGGGCACACGGGUACUACCGCUUUUGACGGCUGGUUUUGGCAGGAGGCGUUGUGUUAGUCGUGGCAAAGGCAAAGGGUCGACUACAUCUUUGAUAUGAUGAGAAACAUACAAAGCGAGAUGGAUGGUGGAUGGGAAGAUUUGUUGUCACAGUGCGUUGCGCAUCUCCUCUCUCCAUUUUCCAAUUCCAGCUGUCCCCAAAUGAGAGAAGGAAGAUGUGUGAUGGGCACGUAAUAGGCUAGUCAUCAUCGAUUACUUUACAUGAUAAUCCAGCGUCCUCUGCAGCGUGUCUCCUCA